AUGGCUCCACCAUUUUUCUCUGACAUUGGCAAAGAUAUCAACGGUCUUUUGGGUAAAGAUUUCUAUCAUGGUACCAAUGCAGCUGUCGAUGUGAGUACUGUCGCCAAGAACGGUGUUAAGUUCACUCUAAAGGCUAAGCAAGCCGUCAAGGAUGGUCCUUUGUCUGCCAACGUUGAAACUAGAGUCUCUGACAAGGCUACUGGUUUGACUUUGACUCAAGGCUGGUCAAAUGCCAACAACUUGAACACCAAGAUUGAAUUGGCAGACUUGACUCCAGGUUUGAAGAGUGAAUUGGUGACCUCUUUGGUCCCAGGUGUUUCUAAGGCUGCUAAGUUGAACGUUAGCUUCGUUCAACCUUUCUUCACCGCUAGAGGUGCGUUCGAUCUAUUGAAGGGCCCAUCCUUCGUCGGUGAUUUGACUUUGGCUCACGAAGGUAUCGUCGGUGGUGCUGAAAUCGGUUACGAUAUCACUGGUGGCUCUUUGUCUCGUUAUGCUGUUGCAUUGGGUUACUCUGCUGGUGACUACUCUCUAGGUCUAUCCACUAACAACGCUCAAUUGACUACCGUUUCCUUCUUCCAGAACGUCAGCCCAAUCUUGCAAGUUGGUGCCAAGGCCACUUCAGUUCCUAAGGAAUUGACUAACGUCAACAUCGAAUUCGCUACUAAGUACUUGCCAGAUGCUACUUCCCAAAUCAAGACUAAGAUUGCCGACUCUGGUAUCGUUGCAUUGGCUUACAAACAAGAAUUGAGAACUGGUGUCACUUUGGGUGUUGGUGCUUCUUUCAACGCUCUGAACUUGGCUGAACCUGUUCACAAAUUGGGUGGUUCUUUGUCAUUCUCUGCUUAA